CUGGGCAACAUGCUGUAUGUACUGCUUCUCCUGUCCAGCUUCCUGAGUGCCUACCCGGCCAGUCCCAUCUCGGGUCCCCAGGAAUGUGCCAAGGGCUCAAAGGUGUGGUGCCAGGACCUGCAGGCAGCUGCAAGUUGUGGGGCUGUGGGGUACUGCCAAAGUGCUGUUUGGAGCAAGCCUACUACCAGGUCCCUGCCCUGCACUGUGUGCCAGGAUGUGGUGGCCGCUGCUGGAAAUGGACUAAACCCUGAUGCCACUGAGUCUGACAUCCUGGCGUCGGUGAUGAAGACCUGCGAGUGGCUUCCCAGCCAGGAGUCUUCAGCCAGGUGCAAGUGGAUGGUGGAAGCCCACAGCCCAGACAUCCUGCGCAUGCUCGGUGAAGCCUUGGACAGUGCUCCAACUCAGGUGUGCACUGCACUCACCCUUUGUGAGCCAUUGCAGAGGCACCUGGCUGGCUCUGGGAGGCCACUGUCCCAAGAGGAUGCAUCAGAAGUGGUGGCUCCAUUCUUGGCCAAUGGAGCCCUCAGCUUCCACCCACAGCAGCUGUCUGGAGAGGCUGUAUGCCAAGAUUGUGUCCGGCUGAUCUCCCGGCUCCAGGGUACUCUGGGAUCCAACUUGACCUUGGCAGAGGUGACAGUUCAGGAGCAAUGUGAGUCCCUGGGACCUGGUCUGACUGCCCUCUGCAAGAAUUACAUCCGCCAGCUCUUUGAACCUGCCGAACAAACGCUUCAGAUUCUGCCCCCACCUGAGGUCUGUGUGAAGGGGGGCUUCUGUGAGGCACAGAAGGGACCUGCCCACUGGUCAGCUCAAGUGGCUGCUGUGAAUGGGGUCCCCUCCCUGGAGCUGGGACUGUCAAGGAAGAAGAGUGAGAUCCAGAUGCAGUCUGGCCUGACCUGUGAGGUGUGCCUGAGUGUGAUCCAGGAGUUGGACCAGUGGCUGGAGACGAACAGCACGGAGACCAUGAUCAGCCACGCCCUGGAGCGUGUGUGCUCCAUCAUGCCCACAUCUCUAGUCCAGCAGUGCAUCACCCUGGUGGACACCUACAGCCCCUCUUUGGUGCAGUUUGUGACCAGGGUCACCCCAGACCAAGUGUGCCAGACCAUUCGACUGUGUAAUAACAGAAGGCGGGCCCGGUCCCUUCCCAAGACCCAGACAACUGUGCCAUCCCUGCUUUUGGAUGAGGAAAACCAAGGCAGCUUCUGCCAGGGCUGCAAGAGACUGUUGGGUGUGUCUUCCCAGAACCUGGAGCGCAAGAGCACCAAGCGGGACAUCCUGCGGGCCUUCAAGAGUGGCUGCAGCAUCCUGCCCCUGCCCUACUUGGUCCAGUGCAACCGCUUUGUCGUCGAGUACGAGCCAGUUCUCAUCGAGAGCCUCAGGUUCAUGAUGGACCCCGCGGCCGUGUGCAAGAAGGUGGGAGCCUGCCAUGGCUCUAGGACCCCACUGCUAGGCACCGAUCAGUGCACCCUGGGCCCCAGCUUCUGGUGUAAAAGCCAGGAGGCUGCCGAGAUGUGUGAAGCUGUGGAACACUGCCGGCGCCUGCUGUGGAAAGAGAAGCCCUCCCGUGCCAACGAGCAGCCAUGACCGUGGCCGCAGCUCUAUCCACAGGGACUCCAAGAGGCCGGUGCUGUCCCAUCCCCCAUCACAGAUGAGAAACUGAGGCUCUGAGAUGGGAGGCUGGGACAGAGCAGACCUGAUACUCAAAGCCAUGUCCUCCUGAUCCUGAUCAGCUUCGUGUUCACAUCCUGCUGUAUGGCUUUGCCUUCGUGAAGACAUCCUAUGAAUGAGAAGAGCCCAGCAUCCCAGUUAGCCAGAUCCUGCCCCAACUUCAUUCUGUGAUGCUGUCGGCCUGGGGAACUGGACUUGAAUGUUACUUCUACUCCUAACAGGGUGAACACUCAGCCAUGAGUCAAGGCAGAAGCAGAAGGAAAGGUGGAAGGGACUAUCUCUAGUCAGGCUGAUCGCUCUUUUCCAACAGCUUGGGGUGGGGGCUGCGUCUUGCUUGUUCAGGCCACAUCUGAAGCUAGGGUCUCUGGGGAUGUCUCCCAAGGGGCAGGUGAGGUGCCAGUGGCUCUGGAAUUCUCUGGGGAGGAGUCUUGGACCUUGGCCACCACCCAAGAAGGGAAUUUUGAGCUUCAGAAUAGUCUGUCCAUGUCUGAGCCCACUUUGGGGGCCCUGUCCUCACACUCAGACUCAAGCAGAGCAGAAAUCUUAGUAGGGUGUGCUCAAAAUUGAGAGACAGACUGUCUGGGGCCAUCCUAGGAACAGCCCUGAGAGGGGUGGAGUGGCUGCUGCAUAUAGGAGGCAACAAGCACAGGCAGGAGCAAGUCUGGUGAGUAGGCCUGUCAGAGCCUCGGGUUUUGUUUUCUUUGUGUGUCUGUAUAGAAUGGGAGGACCAUGACUGCUUCAUAGGGAUGUGGAGACAAUUCAAGGAGACAUUUUCAAAUUCCUUCCCCCAGAGACCAACACCCAUUGAAACCAGCAAAACCCAUCUUGGUGGGGGGAAGGGUUGGGGUCCCCAAGGAGUCUGACUGAGCAAGUGUUAUAUAAACCACAAGCAUUCUUCAA